UGUAGGCCGAGAGUCCUCCCGUCCAGCAGAUGUCUUUGGCCUCUUUGGGAAAGAAGACUACCUGCAGGAGGGAGAGGUGCUGCCACUGAUGUAGCCUCUUUCAUUAAUCUGAAUGAGUGUCUUGGCCCCUUGUCUUUGUGAGUUUUUACUUCUUUUUAAAAUUCCUUACACACAGUAUUUGACACUUUACAAAGUGUUUUCGUGUGCACUGUAUCAUUUGAAGCUCAAGGUGAUCUUCCUGAAAAAUGCAGGGUCUUCACUUACAAAGGAGGAAAUAGAAAUUCAGGAAGUCAUUUACCUUCCAGUCUAGAGUUAAUCGUUUUUAUAGAAGGCUUAGGAAAAUUACCAGUAAAUAAGGUAUUGAACUUAAUUCAAGUUACAUUCUGGUUUUUUCAGACUACAGUGUUUAUUUUCUUUUUUGGUCAGAUUUAACUUGGGAUUUUGAAACCCUUCAUUUAGAUCCCACAAUUUGGAUCAGGGGAGUUGGGUGAGGAAGAGUGUAACCUCACCAUGCUUUUGGGCUAAUUUGGAAAUUCAUUUCUGCUCCGGAAGUCUUUUCACCUUUGUCUUCUCAAGAGGACUCUUUAAAUUCAUUAAGAGGCUCUGAAAAGGAUAUAGAUAGUAAAGUGAGAAUUGAUUCUUUUUGCUUUCUACUUUUUGUUUUUUCUGCCUUGGGGCCUUGUGUUUGAAUAAGAACUGGAACUUGCCUGUGAAUAAGAACUUUAGUGUACUUGGUAGCAUUUGUUUUACUGACAAUGCAUGCAUCUCUGAUGUUGGAGGAGGUAAGCCACCACACUGGAGGACUGACCUGGAAUACCUGGAGGGUGUUGGCCAAGGUGGUGCAGUGCCUACUAGCGAUGAAGACUUUGGCCACGAGUUUUAUCACUGGGAGCCUGGUGGUGUCUGUCUACCUGCCUUUGGUUGCAACCUCACCUCAAACACUGGCCAUCCCUAAGGAGCUGCAGGAAGCUGUAGGGAAAGUUAUUGUCAAUGCCACAACCUGUACCGUCACCUGUGGCCUUGGCUAUAAGGAGGAGACUGUCUGUGAAGUGGGCCCUGAUGGGGUGAGGAGGAAAUGUACAUCCCAGCGCUUGGAGUGUCUGACCAAUUGGAUCUGCGGAAUGCUCCAUUUCACUGUGCUCAUUGGGGAAGAGUUUGAGCUUAACUGUCUCAGCUCAGACAUCCUGGAGAUUGGGAAGGAAGCAUUCCGCUUCACCUGGAGACUUGCUCGGGGUAUCAUCUCGACAAAUGAUGAAGUCUUCAAACCCUUCCGAGCCAACUCUCAUCUGCUGAAAUUUAGACCUGCUCGGGAAUAUGACUCUGGGACAUACCGCUGUGAUGUGCAACUGCUCAAAAACUUGAGACUCGUCAAAAGGCUCUACUUUGGGCUGAGGGUACUUCCUCCAAAGUUGGUGAACCUGAAUUUCCAUCAGUCCCUUACUGAGGAGCAGAAGUUAAUAGAUGAGGGCUUGGAAGUUAAUCUGGACAAUUAUUCUAAGCCUUACCGCCCCAGGUGGCAAAAGAAGGUGACAUCAGCCUUGGUGGCAGGAACUGUAGGAGGAGUGAUAGGUGGCGUGUUGGUGAGCAUAGCCCUCUGCAGGGUGCUGAGGGAGACCUACAACAGUGACAGCCACAAGAGCUUAAAAUCCUUGUUCCUGAGCUACUGGCUGCCCAGGAAGCCAGGCUAGCUUCUUAUGGAGUGUUUUGGCUGCCUGAUAGUAGAUUGGUCAAAAGACUGCAUGAGGGAUGGGGAGGUGUUGCCUCAUGGUAACCUGGCAACAAUCUCUAGCUUCUUUGUAUCCCAGAUGGAUCUCUUCUUGAUUUCUCUGCUGCUAGGUGCUGCAGCAUUGCCCUGGCUCCUGGGAAGAGAUUAUCUUCCAAGCUUGCAUUCAUCUCCUACCCUUUAUAACUUGUAUGCCUUCCACCUCCAUUUCCCUCUUCUAGGCAGUGUAUUCAUGUAGAAGGAUGUAAUAAUAGCUUUUCUAGUGAGAGCUCAUUUUUCCCUCUUCAAUAAAAAUAAUUCACAAUA